AUGACACCAAACAAACGUAUUUUUGAUUCAUAUUCUGAUCUUGAAAAAUUUGUUCGUACUGCUAUUGAUACAAGGAUAAUUCCAUAUGUUACUGUUCAUUUUAGUCAACCUUGGCAUGAUAAUAUUGGUCAUGCACUUUUUGAUGGACUUUAUCCAGCAUAUGUUGCACUUAUUCGUUUUUCUCCAAGACAUCUUCAUCCUUUUCGAAUACUUGCUGGAUUAGGCGACUGUAAUGUAUGUUGGAGUGAAGAUAUUUAUAGUCGUUUUGGUGGUCUGGGAAUUCUUAAACAAAUCAAUUUAAAUAAAAUGUCAAGAGGAAAUUGGUUUAUGUUCGAAGAACUUAUUAUGGGUAGUGGAACUUUGUGUCAUCGUUGUAUACAACCUAAUUUACAAUUAAGUGGUGGUGUUGAAUUAGAUGCUUCAAGACUUUUUCGUGAUAAAAUGUAUCAACAGUAUGGUCUUGUUCAACCAAUUGUUCGACAAAAAUCUUCAUCUGAAAAACGAACUUCUCAUGAUCUUCUUUUAGCAUAUGUUAUUGAUAACCAACGUUUUACAAGUAAUGAUCGAAAAGAAAUCAAUGCUGCUAUAACUGAAAUAAAUAAAUAUACGAAUUCAUAUUUAAAUAAAACUUCAAAUAGCACAACUAAAUUACAAUGGCCAUUAGUUCAUGUCUCUUAUCUUUCCUACAAUCAAAUGAAAGCUCGAGACCUUAGUUCCAUUCAAGUAAAUGCAACACCAUUUGAUUCUCAAUCACCAACAUAUGAAUUAAUUGAAAAUGAUUUCAGAGGUCAAUUAAAAACUUUUCGUCAAAUGGAUAUUCAUAUUACUGGGCCAGGUACUAGACAAAUGUAUCAAACAUUUUUAUCAGAUGGAUCUGUAACUAUUAAUCUUGGAGGUAUAAGACCAUUUGGAACAGAAAACACAGAAAGAGCAUAUAGUUCAUAUCUUGAACAAUAUAUGACAAGUGGUACACCUUAUAUCAAAGGUCUUUAUUAUCCAAUUAAUAAACGAAAUAAAGGUAUUAAAAAAGAUGAAAUAAUUAAAUUAAUUCGACAAGCAUCUCAAAUUAUUUUACAAGGUUUUUCAUUACCAGUCAAUGCUCGAGACAAUCUAGCACCUGAUGGACAAUUAUUUGUUGAAAUGUGUGAAAAAGAUAAAGAAUUUUGUUCUUUAGUUACAAUGAGAACAGAUGAUAAACAUUUAACUUGUUUAGACAUAUGGGUAGAAGAUUUUGUACAUGAACAUCGUCAAUGGCAAUUAGGAGGUUUUAUAGAUAAUGGUCGAAAUAUUAGUUGUCCUUUUAAUCAUUCAUUGUUACAUGAAUUAAGAGAAAAAUAUGGAAUUAAACACAAACAAACGAAUCAUUGA